AUGAUCAUACUUCUUUUCUUUUACAUUUGCAAUGCAUAUCAUCAUUCAGGCACUAUAAAAAUCAAUUAGACUAUUAGUUUAACAACAAAUAUUACCGAAAUGGCUCCAAGCAUAAAUAUCAAAUUUUUGUUAGCUUUAGAUCGAAACAGAGAAUCAACUGUUGGUUGUUUCGUAUCAAAUUUAGAUUUAGAAUCAUAAACUUUCGACAUUCAAAAUUUAAAAUUAAAUAAAGAAAACUAAAUUGUUUAUGACUUACAUAGUAUACAAUCAAAUAGCAAUUCAUAGCUUAUUGAAUACUUCUAUUACCAUACAUUAUAUUUACUAUGUUAAUCACAAUCAAUAGGUGAAAUUGACUAUUAAUUAACUUAUAAGGAAGAGUCUUAUAAAGCUGGUUGCAUAAAUGAUUGUCAGGGUUAUAAUGAUACAAAAUCUAUAAGUUAAUCUUAUUGUCAAAUUGAUCAUUGUGAGUGUCAAAUUAAUUAAGUAGGAUACUUUUGUUAGCUUCCAUCAAGCUAUAUAUUAAGUAGCAAUUAAGAAGAUGUAGUUUUAGAUUCAUUUUAAUGGAAUUUCUUUUAUUAUCAAUAUAAAAAUCUAGAUUUGUAAUUAUUAUCUGAUAUACCUAUCGAUGAUAAAACAGUAUGUAAAUUUGUAUUAAUCUAUAUUAAGUAUAUAGUUUAGCAUUUAGAGAAAUACCCUAGAAAAUUAUUCCAAAUUUGUUAGAUAGUAAAGUUCUAGUUAAUAGUACAUCUUUGUUGAAUGACCUUAACAAUUUACAAAAAACUUAAUAUGGUAGCAAUAUACUAUACAUUGGAAUAUUUAAUAAUAAGUCCGAAAAAGCAUAAUUUAAAAUUACAAUUGUAUCUAAUGAUUCAACAGAUUAUGGAUAACUUGAAAGGAAUAAAAUAAUAAUUAUUGUUGUUGGAUCAGUUGUUGGUACUUUAUUAUUAAUCACUUGUGUUCUAAGUUUCUUGAAAACAAAAAAAAUGCAAGCAGAAUAAUAAGCUCUACGUCUAAGAUAAACAAGAAUUGAUUAAUAAAAUUAGAUACAUUUAGAAGUAAUUAGAUAAAAAAAAUAAUCAAAUGGUAAUUGUAAAUAUUAUUAUAUUAGGUUUUACUUAAAAAUUUAUUAAAGAUUAUUUUGGAGUAAUUGCAUAUAAGAAACUUAUUUAAUUAUAUCCUGGUUUAUAAUAAUUUGAGGAAUGUGUAAUAUGUUUGGAAUCUAUAAAAAAUGGAUAAAAAAAAUAAUAAAGAAAUUGUUCUGUUACUCCUUGUUUUCAUAUCUUUCAUUAAAAAUGUUUAACUUCUUGGUUAGAAAAAUAAAAAAAUUGUCCAUUUUGCAGAGCAGAAUUUUCAAUUAUAUUAAUUUAAAAUAAAUAUCCUUGGCUUGAUUUGAAAUAAUAAAAAGUUAAUAAUGCUACACAAAAUGAAUCUAAGUAUAUUAAUAAUAUGAAAUUAAAUUCUAAUCCAAAUCAAUCAUAAGAGAAUUAAUUAAAUGAAAGCUAGUAAGAAUUAGUAAGAAAAGAUAAAAUAAUUAUAGAUUUAUGA